AUGACGGCGUUGGAAGAGGAAAAAUCUUCUGCUGAACAGCACGAGUACCAUGGGCUGCAGCUCACGCUAACUCAGACCCAGACUACAGAUGAGGAGAUCGACAGUCGGGCCAUUGGAGGCGACUCCGCUGCCGCGUUGCCCAAGAACUACUUUCGUAGUUCGAGUUUCCUAGGGACCAUGCUGGGCUUUGGACUAGGUUAUCAGGCAACAUACAUCUUUUUUGUUAUGCAAUCUAUCUUGCUGUACCCCUAUAUCAGUCCUGCCAUGGGGAAUCCACCAAACAUUGUUUGGGUGACAUUAUCGAGCAUUGUGGCACAAACAGCGAUCUUUCCAGUGGUGGGACGUUUGUCAGACAUUUUUGGCCGUCGUUACUUCUUCCUCUGCGGAAACGCUCUAAGUGUUGUUGGCAACUUGAUAUGCAGCCGAGCGGUAAAGUCUGAAAUGCUGAUCGCAGGGCAAACGCUGGCAGGGCUGGCGACAUGUUGUCAGCAAACCUGUACGAGUGCCCUACCCGAACUGGUUCCAAACAAACACAGAUUCAUAGCUGUUAGCUUUCUCUGGGCAUGGUUGUUCCCACUCAUGGUCUUCAUUCCACCUGUCGGUAUUGCUUUGUGUUCAAACAUCAAUGAAGGAUGGCGAUGGAUCUACUACCUGCCCGCUAUCAUGGCCGGUCUUGCUUUCAUCUUACUUUUCUUCUUCUACCACCCUCCGGACUUCCGUCUCCUUCAUCGGAACCAAACAAAGUGGCAAGCGCUGGCAAGAAUCGACUGGGUAGGCUUAGGAAUUUAUCUUGGCUCAAUUGUCUGUUUCCUACUUGGUAUAUCCUGGGGCGGCCAGCAGUAUCCUUGGGGAUCUCCACGCGUGAUUGCUACAAUUUGUGUUGGCCCUGUCGGAUUUGCCAGUUUUUUACUCUGGGGCAAAUUUGUGCCUGCUGAGGGUAGACUGAUUCCGUUCUACCUGUUCAAAAAUCGCGACUAUGUGGCUUUUGCCAUCACCGGAGCUGUUGGCUCCAUGAUCUUCUAUGCGCUGAACGUGGUUUAUGGUCAGGAAACCACAAACUUGUUUGGCGCCUCACAACGAAAAUCUGGCUGGUACUCAUUAGCAAUAACUGCUGGAGCUCCCGCGGGGCAGCUUCUGGGAGGCGCUUUGACGAAACCUCUGGGUCACACGAGAUUACAACUGAUCGCCACAUGCGUGACCUUCACCAGCCUUAUUGGCGGAAUGGCCGGCGUCACUCGUAACACGCCGGCUAUGUCAGUGGCAUUCACAACCAUAUCAGCAAUCAUGAUCGGCUAUAUGGAGGUUGUCAGUCAGGUCGGCGCUCCCAUGGUUGCGAAAGACAAAGACAUCGGUGUUGCAUACGCAGUUGUGGCAGCCUUUCGGACCCUGAUGUCUGCCCUGGCAACCUCAAUAUAUGUGACAAUUCUACAAAACCAACUAACCCAGAACGUGCCAAAGUACGUGGUCCCUGCGGCUGUUCAGGCUGGCCUUCCGAAAGAAUCAGUACCAAACGUUCUACAAGCCAUUGCUUCCGGUGUAGAGUCUAACCUAGAGGCGGUCCCAGGCGUUGAUGCUGCUGUGUUGGUCGCUGUGGGGAGCGCUGUCAAGACAGCGUACGAAGUGACGUUCAAGGUCAUUUUCUUGGUCAGCAUCGUGUUUGGAGCUAUUUCAAUCGCCGCAGCUUGCACUGCAAGGGACCUCGAUCCACACAUGACAUCGAGCAUUUCUCGCAGGCUACAGCACGUCCCCGUCAAAGUCGCUCCCAGUCAAGAGGAAUAG